AUGGCCGCAAAUCAAGAACAAGCAGACUAUCACCUCAUUGGGACCUUCACCCGAUAUUCAAGCUGGACUGCUCGCAUCGAAACAGUCUUGGAGUAUUUUCAAAUUCCAUAUACCGAGCAAAAAAUCAGACUUGACGAUGUCCGCAAAGUCUCCCCCUCGGGACUCGUCCCCCUGCUCGAAUGCCGUUCUUUGAGCUCAACCCUGCGCAUCAAUGACUCGCUCGCCAUCUGUGAGUUUCUCGCAGAGUCAAACCCCCAUCUCAGCCUGUGGCCGCGGGACCGCCUCCUCAGAGCCAUGGCGCGCAGUGCCGCGGCCGAAAUGCACUCUGGUUUCGCGACGCUGCGAAACACAUACCACACGAACUUCCUGGCACGGUAUAUCGGGAAUAUCCCCGUGUCUGAGGCCGCGAGGAAAGAUAUUCAGCGUCUGUUUACAAUCUGGGAGAAUGCGCGCCAGGCGACGAAGACACGGCUGGCUGAGCGGGGUGAGAAGGAUGAGGGGUUUUUGUUCGGGGGGUUUAGCAUUGCGGAUGCGUUCUUUUGGCCGGUGCUCUGGCGCUUCCGCACGUACAAUCUCCCUCUCGAGGGUGCCAGCGCUGAUGUGUUGAAGUGGAUGGAGACGAUGUGGAAUCAUCCAGCCAUGCAGAAGUUGGCGCACAGCUAUUAUCGUCAGGCGGAACGACCAGAGACUCAUAUGGAGCGUUACGAGAAUAUCUUCCGUGAUUGUGAAGAUAUUCAGUAUGGAAGGUUUCCGGAGGAUUGGAAGUUUACUGUCCCUGGAAGGUCGUAG